AUGACGCCUUUACGGGCUCUUCUCCCUAUGCUGGCGUUGAUCGCCUUGGCCGUCGCCUCUCAGAACCUUACCACGUACCUCCCGGAGUGUGCCCAGCCGUGUAUUGAGUCGUCAAUUAGCAAAAACUCGAACUGUACCGGAACCGGCGAUGUCAAAUGUCUGUGUAGCAAUAUCCGGUCUAUAGGGCCAGGCUCGUUAUCCUGUGCCCAGGGGGCAUGUUCCAACUCUUCGGAGCAGCUCGCGUACGAAUUGCAUUCGGAAUUUGUAGAUUACUGUAGCGAUAAUGGGGAAGAAGUCAGUAGUGAUUUUUCAGGAGGCGGAUCCCCGCCAGUUUGGACCGCUUCAUGGGGCAAGACAUCAUCACCUACUGCGUCGGCAACAAGCAUGACCUCACCGGUCGCCGCCACCAAGCCGCCGAGCAACGAGCAACAGAGUCCUUCAGAUCCAGAUGGAGGCGGUCUAAGCGGAGGUGCUAUAGCCGGGAUAGCCGUCGGGGUGGGUGUCGCAUGCAUCUUGAUUACAGGAGGGCUGUUACUAUACGCUUUCCGACUAGGUAGACGCCAUUCUAAGCGUACGCAAGGAGAAGAGCCUGCGGGUCCCGGUCCGCGAGAGGAGGGUGGAGGAGAUUAUAAUGGGAUAGACAACGUGUUGGAGGCGGAGAAAAAGGUGCAGCUGGAGGGCGCGCCAGUGAGCGAGCUCCCGACGGAGCAUACGCUGUCCGGAUUCCAUCCCGUCAAAGAGCUGGCAACGCAUGAGAAGCCGGUCGAGCUGAGUGCUGAUCCCGUCCCAUCCCGUGCGAAUGAUGGGAACCCAAUAUUACCUACGCCCUGGAAAUGA